AUGAGCACCGAUGGUGGGCAACAACAACGGUGGUGCGAUGUCAGUUGUGGUAGAGGUGGAGUCACAUCAAUGGUGGUAGCAUUAGAUCUGGAUGUCACAUCUGUUGGGGAUCUAGAGGAAAAUCAUAGAUCUGAAACAGAAAUUAUAGAUCUGGAGCCAACCGGAGCUUGUGGAUCUGGUGGCGGUGGUUCGUCAGCGGUAGGAGGCGGCGGCGGUUCGCCGGCGGUAGUUGCAACGGCAGUCAAGGGUGGUGGCUGGUGGCUAACUGGUGGUAAUGUUUGUGUGUUCUUCAAGUUUGAGGUGAGAGAGAAAAUAACCAUGUGA